AGUUUGUGUCCGGAACGCGGAGCUGGAGUUGGCGUCCAGAAACUCCAGAGAGGAGGUAGCGCCAUGGCCCCAGUGCUGAGCAAGGACGCAGUGGACAUCGAGAGCAUCCUGGCUUUAAAUCCUCGAUCGCAGACUCAUGCAGCUAUACGAUCCACCUCAGCCAAAAAAUUAGACAAGAAGCACUGGAAAAGAAAUCUUGAUAAGAACUGCUUUAAUUGUGAGAAGCUAGAGAAUAAUUUUGAUGACAUCAAGCACACGACUCUUAGUGAGAGAGGAGCUCUCCGAGAAGCAAUGAGAUGUCUGAAAUGUGCCGAUGCUCCCUGUCAGAAGAGUUGCCCAACUAAUUUGGACAUCAAAUCAUUCAUCACAAGUAUUGCAAACAAGAACUACUAUGGAGCUGCUAAGAUGAUUUUCUCUGACAACCCACUUGGUUUGACGUGUGGAAUGGUUUGUCCCACCUCUGAUCUUUGCGUUGGUGGGUGCAAUUUAUAUGCUACUGAAGAAGGACCCAUUAAUAUUGGUGGGCUGCAGCAGUUUGCUACUGAGGUUUUCAAAGCAAUGAAUAUCCCACAAAUCAGGAACCCUUCUCUGCCUCCUCCAGAAAAAAUGCCUCAAGCCUAUGCUGCAAAGAUUGCUCUUCUGGGUGCUGGGCCUGCCAGUAUAAGUUGUGCUUCCUUUUUGGCUCGAUUAGGCUACUCUGACAUCACUAUAUUUGAAAAACAAGACUAUGUUGGUGGUUUAAGUACUUCUGAAAUCCCUCAGUUCCGGCUGCCAUAUGAUGUCGUGCAUUUUGAGAUUGAGCUUAUGAAGGACCUCGGUGUAAAGAUAAUUUGUGGUAAAAGCCUUUCAGUGAAUGAAAUAACUCUUCGCACUUUGAAAGAAGAAGGUUACAAAGCUGCUUUCAUUGGCAUUGGUUUGCCAGAACCAAAUAGAGACCACAUCUUCCAAGGCCUGGCCCAGGACCAGGGAUUUUACACAUCCAAAGACUUUUUGCCACUCGUAGCCAAGAGCAGCAAACCAGGAAUGUGUGCCUGUCACUCUCCAUUGCCAUCGAUACGGGGAGCCGUGAUUGUUCUCGGGGCUGGAGACACUGCCUUUGACUGUGCCACUUCCGCCUUACGUUGUGGAGCCCGCCGCGUGUUCAUCGUCUUCAGAAAAGGCUUUGUUAAUAUAAGAGCUGUCCCAGAGGAGAUGGAGCUGGCUAAGGAAGAAAAGUGUGAAUUUUUGCCGUUUCUCUCCCCGCGGAAGGUUAUAGUCAAAGGUGGGAGAAUUGCUGGGAUGCAGUUUGUUCGGACAGAGCAAGACGAAACUGGAAUGUGGAAUGAAGACGAAGAUCAGACAGUCCACCUGAAAGCCGAUGUGGUCAUCAGCGCCUUUGGCUCAGUGCUGAGUGAUCCUGCAGUGAAAGAAGCCUUGAGUCCUAUAAAGUUUAACAAAUGGGGUCUCCCGGAAGUAGAUCCAGAAACUAUGCAGACCAGUGAACCGUGGGUAUUUGCCGGUGGUGAUCUUGUUGGAAUGGCUAACACGACAGUGGAAUCGGUGAAUGAUGGAAAGCAGGCGUCUUGGUACAUUCACAAAUACAUACAGUCACAGUUUGGAGCUUCAGUUUCUGCCAAGCCAGAACUGCCCCUCUUCUACACGCCGAUCGAUCUGGUGGACAUUAGUGUCGAAAUGGCUGGAUUGACAUUUAUCAAUCCUUUCGGGCUGGCUAGUGCCACUCCAACUACCAGUGCGUCGAUGAUGAGAAGAGCGUUUGAAGCAGGAUGGGGUUUUGCUCUGACUAAAACUUUUUCCCUUGAUAAGGACAUUGUGACAAAUGUUUCCCCCAGAAUCGUCCGGGGAACCACCUCUGGACCCAUGUAUGGCCCUGGACAGACCUCCUUUCUGAAUAUUGAACUCAUCAGCGAGAAAACGGCUGCAUAUUGGUGUCAAAGUGUCACCGAGCUAAAGGCUGACUUUCCAGACAAUAUUGUGAUUGCUAGCAUCAUGUGCAGUUACAACAGAAAUGACUGGAUGGAGCUCUCCAAAAUGGCUGAGAAUUCUGGAGCAGACGCCCUGGAGUUGAAUUUGUCGUGUCCGCAUGGCAUGGGAGAAAGAGGCAUGGGGCUGGCUUGUGGGCAGGAUCCAGAGCUGGUGCGGAACAUCUGCCGUUGGGUUAGGCAAGCUGUUCGAGUUCCUUUUUUUGCCAAAUUGACCCCAAAUGUCACUGAUAUCGUAAGCAUCGCAAGAGCUGCAAAGGAAGGUGGUGCAGACGGCGUCACAGCCACCAACACCGUCUCGGGGCUGAUGGGACUGAAUGCUGACGGCGUGCCCUGGCCUGCAGUGGGUGUGGGGAAGCGGACCACGUAUGGGGGCGUGUCUGGGACAGCCAUCAGACCCAUUGCUUUGAGAGCUGUGACCUCUGUUGCCCGUGCUUUGCCUGGAUUUCCUAUUUUAGCCACUGGUGGGAUUGACUCAGCUGAAAGUGGUCUCCAGUUUCUACACAGUGGUGCUUCCGUUCUCCAGGUAUGCAGUGCUGUUCAGAACCAGGAUUUCACUGUCAUCAAAGACUACUGCACUGGCCUCAGAGCCCUGCUCUAUCUGAAAAGCAUGGAAGAGCUGCAGGACUGGGAUGGGCAGAGUCCGUCUACGGUGCGUCACCAGAAAGGGAAACCUGUUCCACACAUCGCUGAACUCACUGGAAAGAAACUUCCAAGUUUUGGACCUUAUCUUGAGCAGCGCAAGAAAAUCAUCGCUGAGAACAAGAUUAGACUGAGAGAGCAAACGUCGGCCUUUCCACCACUGGAGAGAAAGGAUUUUAUGCCGAGAAAGCCUGUUCCUGCCAUCAAGGAUGUAAUUGGAAAAGCCCUGAAAUACCUUGGAGCAUAUGGUGAGCUUAGCAACAUAGAGCAAGUCGUGGCCAUGAUCGACGAAGAGAUGUGUAUCAACUGCGGUAAAUGCUACAUGACGUGCAAUGACUCUGGCUACCAGGCUAUCAAGUUUGAUACAGAAACCCACCUGCCCACCGUCACUGACACGUGCACAGGCUGCACCCUCUGUCUCAGCGUCUGCCCUAUCAUCGACUGCAUCAGAAUGGUUUCCAGGACAACACCUUAUGAGCCAAAGAGAGGCUUACCCUUAACUGUGAAUCCUGGGUGUUAAGGUGAUUUGUGAAACAGUUGCGGUGAACUUUGAUGCCACCUACAUAUGCUGAUCUUUGUUAAUUGUGAUCAUUACAUUCAGCUCUUUCUAAAUUAAAUUGUAUGUGAUUUCUAAAAUAACUCUAAAUUAAAAUAUAUCAUUUCUAAAUUUUAAAAAAGCCUGAUGUAUCGUGCUUGGCAUCACUCAAUUAAUGGUCAUGAAAUAUAAUAUUUCUUUUCUGAGGAUGGUUUUUAAAUAAUUGUGUAGCAGUUAAUUGGAUGUUCACGGUCAGUUGUCCAUUAUGAAAUAGAUCAAACUUUUUGUGGCAAUUAAUGCGACGAUUUCUAAAUUGCUCUAUGCUGUGCUCAGUUCUUGAUUUUUAAUUGUAAGGGAAAUUGAGUAUUUCGGAGCAAAGUACACUUUAACACACAAGAAAAUGGUUCCCAGGAAGCGCUUCAUAAUUAAGAAUUUCAUUUGGUUUUCACACCGUUUCUAAGAAGCACACAUGAAGCACAAAUGGAGAAAGCUCCAUAAAACACACACGAGGAGAACCAAAUAGUUAUUUACUAAGGCAGAAAAAGAAAGCCUAAACAAACAAACAAACAAAAAGGUUUGUAAACCUUUAUUAGAAUCCUUAGCUGAAAGGGCUUCUUUUUAUAUGUGCUACAUCCUCAAGACAAAAGUAGUUCCUAACAUUCAUGUCGCUCUGCACCGUUCACCAUGGAUGCCCCAGACUGGUGUCCAAACUCCCACCAAGGAAUCAACAUGACAUUCUUCUUUAAAUAUGUAAACUAUGUUCCUAACAAAAUAAGAUAUCACUGUGGAGCCUUGGGUAAAGCCACUGCUCUGCUGUGCACAGGUCUGCUGUGUGUGCUUUUAAUAGUAACCUACAUGAUUACAGCAAUUUAUGUUUGAACAAAGCCCAAAUUAUACCGUAGGCCAUGUGCUCAAUUAUGCAAGAAUGAAAAUAUAGUAUCGGUAAUAAAUCUUAAAUGCACAAAACCAAUUUGGCUAUUCUUUAUUUUUCUGUUUAUGUUAAAUUUGAAUCUAAUGGAAUAAAGAAUAUAUAUACAGAUAUUUUUAUAAUUGCCUAAUGAUAUUUUGUAUUUCUCUGCUUCUCAUAAUCAGUAAAUAGCAUCAUGUAAGUUCAUUUCUCUCUUCUUUUGGAAAUACUUUUAUAUGAAUCUAAAUUUAUAUGAGUCUAGUAAUAAAUCUGUAAGGAAAAUACUAUGGCUUAUUUCUAUGCUAAAGAUAAAAUCUAGAACAAAUAUUUGAUGAUGCACUUUUAGAAAUGCACAUUUUCAUAAAAUCUGGCUGGCUGGAUAAUAUCAAAUAAAAUGUUAUAAAUCA